AUGGCUUCAACUGAAGACAAAGGAACUGGAGGCACCGCCAUGGCUUGCAAUGUUGAUGUCACUGGAAAUGGUCCUAGCUACAAGAUGAGCAUUCCAAAGUACCUUUCUGACAACAAUUUGGGUUGGUUUGCAAUGUUGAUGCCGCUGGAAAUGGUCCUCUCUUCAAGAUAA